UUAUUUUCUUUUUCCAAGAAUAAUAUAAUUAUAUUAUAUUACAUUAUAUGUUUUACGUGAUAUUGUUUGUUGAUUUAUAUAUAUGUAUACAGUGAUACUAUAAUUAUAAUAAUUUGUGCGCGCUGUUUUUAAAAUAAUAAAAAAACUACUGAUGCGUAGCAAAGAGAUCGACUUGAAGUUGAUUCACAGUCAAUAAAUAAUCAAUUUUUGCAACAAUAUCUAUUUUUAAGUGGAACGAAAUAGAAGGCGAUCGUAUAAUUUCGAUAUUAAAAGAACAUUAAAAAGAUGCAAGAAGCUUCCGAAAAUGCUCGCACAAAUACGCAGAAUGUCAAGUUCAUCGAUAUGUUGAUCGGACAAUGGAUGAAACGAACGGGAAACGAUAUUCCGCAUCAGACGGAAGAGGCGACCGAAAGUUUAAGCGCGCAGGGAAACACGCAACAUGCUCUGCAGAAACGGGAACGCAUUAUUCAAGAUCUAAAGCGAAGACUGAAAGAAAGCCAGGAAGCGGCAGCUUUUUUGUCCACCUCCUUGGAAACGGAAACGCGCAACAAGGAGGAGAUUCGGAUGAAACUAAACGCCACUUGGGAAUCCAUCGAGACUAUCACGGAAUAUUUCAACUACAUCAGUGAGAGCCUCACCAGCUUUCAACAGCACCGCGUUAAUUUAUCCGCUUUAUUCGACAACAUAAUUCUGAAGCAGCAAGAAACUAUUCAGAAAUUGCAAUUGAGCAACAUAAAAUCAAAAGAUAUGGAGGAUCAUGUUACGCAAUUAAAAAAUACAUUAUUGUUGCGGGAAGGAAGACUACAAGAGGCGAUGAUGGAGCAGAAUAAAUUGUGCAAACAACUGGAGAGUUCCGAGUAUGAACUACAGUUGCAGAAGAACGAAUUGAAUACAUACGCAAAGGAAAAGCUGAUACUCGUCAAAGAACAACAACGCUUGAUGUUAGAAAAUGAAAAUUUAAAAUCGCGAUUACAAACGAUUGAGAAAGAAAAAUGUGACAUCGCGAAAUCAGCUGCACAUCUGGAAAAUAAAUUGCUACUUCAAGAAGAAAAGAUGCAAGAUGUACUGACAGAGCAAAAUAAAUUGCAAAAACAAGUAGAAAAAACCGAGAGUGAAUUCCAUUUGCAGAAAAGUAACUUGGCAAGCGCAAAUGCUGAAGAAAAGAAAAUACUUGUUGAAGAGCAACAGCGAUUGCUAUCGGAAUUUGAAAAUUUACAAUCCCAAAUGAACAUGCUUGAGCAAGACAAGAGUAAUAUUAUAAAAAUGGUCGCACAAAAAGAUGCACUUCUCUCAAAACUACAGAAUGAAAUUCUUACUUAUAAAAAUGAAAUAGAAGUGAUGUGGACGAAUAAUAACGAGGCAAAUACUAAAUAUGAAACAUUAACAGAGAAGCAAAAUAUGUGGGACAAGGAAUCGCGUACGAAAACAGAAAGGAUUCAGAAUUUAGAGGCAACAGUGAACGCAAUAAAACAAAGAGAGAGCAAACUCAUUAAUGAUGUAAAUAGAAUGGAGAAGAAAUUAACUAAUGAAGUGAAUUAUUCCAAGGAUCUCGAAAAUAAACUUUCGAAAGCGCAAAAAAAUUUGCAGUUUGAACAGGAGAAAAAUAAUGAGAUGCAAAAAACUUUAGAAAUGACUAAGAGCAAUAGCGAACUUACCAACAUCAAACUUCAGCGAGAACUGAAGGUUCUUCAAAGGGAGAAGGAAGAUAUUAUAAAGCGAGAUAAUACGAAGAUUAAGAACACGGAGGUUUUAUACGAAAACACAAGAGCCAUGCAUGCCGAAGAAAUGUCGGCCUUGAAGAGCGAUUACGAAACACAAUUAUUGGAGUUGAAAAAAACUACAGAUUCCUUGAGCGAUAUGAUUAAUAACGUCAAAAGAAAAGAGAAUACCGCGGUGAACAAAUCCUCCAUAAAAAUAAGCAACUUGAAAUACGAUUAUAAAUUGACUACGAAGCGUAAUGAGGAUUUUCAGGAGAAGUUAAAAGAAGCCACGGAAGCAUUACAGAUGAAAUCGCCAGAUUCGAUCGAGGAUCGAAGAUUUAACAAUGAAUUUAGCAAGUCUCAGCCUAACAUUUUCACAUUUGCGGAUAACAGCGACGAUGAGAAAGAUGAACCACCAAUCCAUACAUAUUCAAUGAGUUCAAGGGAAAAGCGGAAGGAGGUAAAGGAGCAAGAAGCAAAAGUUAUGUCAGCUGGAAGGAAGUUCUUCAAAUCGCGUACCGGUCAACCGCGUACUUAUACCAAACGACGAUAUUAAUAAGAUUUACAAAGAAAUCAAUUUAAUUCGAACCAUUUAUUCGAACGUGGAACACAUCUGGAUGAACACCAGAUUCUUUUUCAUUUAUUAUUUAUUAUGUAGUGUUAUUUAUUCUCGUUUUUGUUUAAAGUUAAUUGUGAGAAUAAUGAAAUACAUAUAUAAAAAUAUAUAUGUAUAAUUCAUCGGCAAGUUGAGUUAGAGAUUAAUAUAGACUGAAAUUCGGUGUAAAAUUGAUAUUGGAUGAGUAAGUAGCCACAUUUGGGGUAACAUCGAUAUGGAGGGGAAAUCAUCAUCGUGCUCUCGAAAAAACGCCCACGUAUCUUCGACACAAGGGAGACGAGAUUGUAGCCAUGGUUGGAAGCGCACAGAAUUUAAUUUUAAACAUGACUCAUUGGACCGCCAUCCAGCCAAUAAAUGAUCCUCUAUGAAUCGACUCAAAUUACGCAACGUAAUAAAAUUACGCGUAUCUCGUCAUCGCCGGUGAAAGAUUUUGUCAUUUUCUUUUUGUUAUAGAUA